CUUGGUGGUAUGAAGGCAAAAGGAAAUCCAUGCCAACAAAGCCAUCUAAGAUCUUUGGAAAAAUAUUCAAAAUCUCCAACAAGUUCUACACCAGAAAGUUGAAGCAAACUGAAGAGUUACUGAAGUUUCUGUUACCUGGAAUUAAAGAAAAACAACUUUUGAGUGUUUCAUGGCCUCAGCCAACUCGCAUGAAAAUU